CAAAUCACAGCAAAUAGUUAUUUGUUUUCAGGCCUAUCCCUCCUCGAUCCCCAUGGCGAAGCCUAUCCUGCUAUCUAUUUCUCUUUGCCUUUUUGUUCUCUUCCAAGGCUCCUUAGCUCUCGUUUCAUCAUCUCAGCAGCAAAACGAGUGUCGAAUCGACAGGAUCAAUGCCCGCGAACCUGAUAGCCGCAUUCAGAGCGAAGCUGGUACAAUUGAGUCAUGGGAUCCUAACCACGAUCAGUUCCGAUGCGCUGGUGUGGCUGUAACCAGGCACACUAUUCAACCCGAUGGCCUUUUAUUGCCAGCUUACAGCAAUGCUCCUCAACUCGUCUAUAUUGUCCAAGGUCAAGGUAUGCUUGGAGCCAUGUUUCCUGGAUGCGCUGAAACAUUCCAAGAAUCUCAAGAAUCCAGUAGGAGCAGUAGACAACAAGAGCAGCACCAAAAGAUUCGCCAUUUCCGACGUGGAGAUGUCAUUGCUUUGCCAGCAGGAAUAGCCCACUGGUGCUACAACGAUGGCAAUGAACCCCUUAUUGCUGUCAGUGUUUUGGACACUGGCAACAACGCUAACCAGCUUGACAGGAACCCCAGAAAUUUCUACCUAGCCGGUAAUCCAGAAGAUGAGUUCCAGCAACAAUCCAGACGCCCAGGUGAGCGUGGACACGGAGAGUAUUCCCUUGGAGGCAGCAGCGAGAGACGACAGCGAUCUUGCAACAAUGUGUUCUGCGGAAUGGACUCAAGGUUUAUCGCUGAAGCUUUCAACAUUGAUGAGCAAUUGGCUAGAAGGAUUCAAGGUCAGGAUGACGCCAGAGGCAACAUAGUGAGGGUCGAAGGUCGUAUUCAGGUAACGAGGCCACCCAGGACUCAACAAGAGAGAGAGGAGCAACUAGAACGCGAGUAUGAACAAGGCCGUCGACAUUACAAUGGCAUUGAGGAGACUUUUUGCACCAUGAGGAUGAGGGAAAACAUUGCUGAUCCCUCACGCGCUGAUAUCUUCGUCCCUGAAGUUGGUCGUAUGAGCACCGUCAACAGCCACAGUCUCCCUAUCCUUCGGUGGCUCAAACUCAGUGCUUCACAUGCUGUUCUCCGCAAUAAUGCUGUGAGACUGCCUCACUGGCACAUGAAUUCCCAUAGCAUAUUAUAUGCCAUAAGGGGUCAAGCACGGAUUCAGGUGGUAAAUGAAAAUGGCAACAGUGUCUUCGACGGUAGUGUAAGGCAAGGACAAGUCCUGACACUGCCACAGAACUUUGUGGUGGUGAAUAGGGCAGAGAGUGACAAUUUCGAAUACGUUUCCUUCAAUACCAAUGACAAUGCCGUGGCCUUUGAUGUUGCUGGCCGCACCUCAGCCCUUCGGGGCAUGCCAGUGGAAGUAAUUGCAAACGCAUUCAGAGUUUCGAUAGAGGAAGCCAGGAGGAUCAAGUUCGGGAGGGAGGAGACCACCCUUGGUAGCUCACUGUCUCAGCCAAGGAGGGCAGCUGCUUAAGCAGUAAAAUUACAGUAUGAACAAUGUAAACUAAAGGAACACACACCCUUUUUCGUGUUAAUGUAAGUAUGAUGUUUAGAAAUAAAAGAGACUUCCAUGGUCUCUGUACGCUGUAAGCACGUAAGUAGAGAGGACUUCUACUUGGCAAUAAAAAUGCUUCUUAUUUUAUGAA